AUGAAGUCUUCAAUUAUGCUUGGUUUUUUCUCUCUCUUAGCUGCUUCUAUUUUAGAAGUUUCUGCUCUUGCCUUUCCUGAAAGUGGAUUAGCUGCUCGACAAGGGUCAACAGGCUGUUGUUGGACUCAAACUCCUGCAGGCUGUACCUGUAACUGUGGGGGAGGAGAAACUUUUGGGUGCGGCAUGGGACGCUGCGGACCACAAUGCUAG